AGAAAUUUUCCAGAAGACGCAAACGUAAACGUGGCACUUCUCACAAGGACCUCUUUCUGUUGGCGAUGUUUCGAUAAUCCUACGUUAUUCGCGUAUUGAUCCGCUGCCUUAGCAACCCGAGCAAGAAACAAUUCCGCCGCGUUUCUCCGGAACGUGUCGGUGUUCUGAGCGAUAGCUGUGUCACACACCAGCGUUGCAUCGUGAAGCUUGGGUCUGUUUAGCUUUUGAAGUGUGAUAAAAUGGCUCAAAAAGUUGUGAGUAAACCGUGGGGUCAGCAAGGCCAUGCCGGCGUUAGUUUCGAAGGAAGCCAGGAAAAUCUGUACCGAGUUGGUCCUCAUCAGUACCUACAUGUCCUGGAUUUGACCACGAAUGUUACGAGGCUUGAAACUGGACCACAGACUUACAUGCGGAAAGACAAUGAGAGGAUUGUUCUGGGACCAUGUCAGAUGAUCAUUGUUCCUCCGAGACAUUUCUGUAUCAUUGAAAAUCCCGCGCAGAGGGGAGAAGAAAACCACGUCUUAUUAGAUUCGUGGGGUCAAGCCAAAUUGCAACAUGCCGAAUUGGAGAUACGCUUGGAGCAAGACCCGUUUCCGUUGUACCCCGGAGAAAUACUUUCCCUCAAAGUUACCCCCUUGACAGUGGUUGUGAAAGGUUCCGCCCUGAAACUCAGAGCCACAAGGGAUUUUUUGGACGGUGGCGUUACGAGGAUUGCCGGAGAGAUGUGGCUGUUUGAAGGCCCUGGCGAGUUUACUUUGGCUUUCUCUGAAAUAACUGAAUUUUUUUCAGGUACUUACAUACCGCAAAAAGAAGUUGAAGUUGUGGAGGAAAUCCAGGCGAAGGUCAUAAAGGCCAAUGAAGCAUUGAAACUCCGUGCACUCAUGGAGACCCGAGACCGAGAUGGGAACGUUAGGGUUGCUGGAGAAGAAUGGUUGGUAAAAAGGGUUGGAGCUUAUUUGCCUGGUGUUCACGAGGAGGUGGUCGCUGUUGUCACGGCCUGGGUCCUUACUGAAACUAAAGCUAUUCGCAUAAAAGCAACGAGAACGUUUGUGGAUCAGUUCAACAAGACGAGGAAAAACGGCGAUGAAUGGCUGGUGACACAUUUGGACACGGAGACGUAUAUUCCUGGAGUUUACGAAGAAGUCAAAGGAGAAGUGGAAAUAACUGUGCUCAGUAAUCGUCAAUACUGUGUUAUUCUGAACCCUGUGGAUGAAACGACUGGGAAGGUUCUGUGGGGACAAAAAAGGCUCAUGAAGGGUGAGAAAUCAUUCUUCUUGAGUCCCGAAGAACAACUGGAGCAUGGGAUCCAACAUGUUCACGUCUUGGGCGAAGACCAAGGAUUGAUUCUAAGAGCUAAUGAACUCUUCAGAGAGACUAUCAAAGAUCCAGAUACAGGUGCAGAGAAAGUAAUCGAACGUAAGCCUGGUGACAGAUGGAUGAUCAGGGGGCCUUUGGAAUACGUCCCACCUGUGGAAGUUGAAGUGGUUUCCAAAACGGAGACGAUUCCUUUGGACGAGAAUGAGGGCAUCUAUGUCAGGGAUAUCAGAACAGGCAAAGUGAGAGCUGUUGUUGGGCAUACCUACUUAUUGAACCAAAAUGAGGAGCUUUGGAAGAAAGAAUUGCCAGAUGCUGUAGAAAAAUUGCUUAGUCAGGGCAGAGACCCGCUUGCUGACAGGGGCACGAGAGGAUCCGACAAAAGUGAUUGUCAAGCGCCUCCGAGGGACAAAACAAGAGUCGUUUCAUUUCGGGUCCCACACAAUGCAGCUGUGCAGAUUUACGACUAUAAAGAGAAGAAAGCCAGGGUGAUCUUUGGUCCGGAUUUGGUCCUACUCGGCCCAGAUGAGCAGUUCACUCAGUUGUCCUUGUCUGGUGGGAAACCGAAAAGACCAAACCAGAUCAGAAGCUUGGCGUUGUUGUUGGGACCAGACUUCUGUGCUGACGUGAUUGUUGUGGAAACUGCCGACCAUGCGAGACUCAGUCUUUCUCUCGCUUACAACUGGCACUUCGACACAAGUGACAGGUCUGCGAAAGGUGCCGAAAAACUAUUCUCUGUCCCUGAUUUCGUCGGGGACACGUGUAAAACCAUUGCAUCUAGGGUCAGAGGAGCCGUGGCUGGUGUCAACUUUGACAACUUCCACAAGAAUUCAGCGCAAGUCAUUCGAGAAGCUGUAUUCGGCUCAGACGAAACUACGAAGAAGAUAAAAGACAAGCUAAUUUUCCCUCAGACCGGCCUCACAGUCACCAGUGUGGACAUCCAAAGCGUUGAACCAGUUGAUCAAAGAACCAGGGAUUCAUUACAAAAGUCGGUUCAGCUUGCUAUAGAGAUCACCACCAACUCUCAGGAAGCUGCUGCUCGACAUGAAGCGGAACGGCUUGAACAGGAAGCGAAAGGGAAGUUGGAAAGACAGAGGAUCGUUGAUGAAGCCGAGGCGGAGAAGAAAAACAAAGAGCUUCUGGAGUUGAAGGCUGCGUCAGCUGCUGUCGAAUCCUGUGGCCAGGCGACAGCGGAAGCCAGAAGCCAAGCUGAAGCUGCCAGGAUCCAAAGAUCCGCAGAAGUCGAGCAAGCCAGACUGCGGGCUGAAGCUGGUAGCAUUGACCUGGAGGCAGAGCUGGAGAAAAUGAAUAAAGCCAGGCGUUCGGAGUUGGAUUACAUUAAGGAGAAGAACACUUUGGAGCUUGCUAGAACGAGAGAUCUGGCACAAAUCGAAGUUGCUAAAUUCAAGGAGAUGGUAGAUGCGAUUGGGGCGUCCAACCUGACUGUCAUGGCCUCAGCUGGGCCAGACCAUCAAGUAAGAAUGCUGGAGGCAUUGGGGCUAAAAGCUACCUUGAUAACUGAUGGAAGAACUCCAAUCAACCUUCUCUCAACUGCACAAGGACUGUUGGGAGGAUUCAAUUCGGACUCUGAGCCGCAAGCCAAACGAAGCAGGGAAUUUGCGACUUAAUUUGUAAUCGGUGACUAUAUACUGUAUUCAGAUUUAUUAUUCAAGCUUUAAAACAGAAUUUAUUCACGUCAAUCACUAGACCGUGGCUUUCAAAUAUUGUGCGUACAGGAACACCUAACUGUGAUCAGUUGUGCCUCUUUACCUCUAUAGUUUCAAAAACUGGAAAGAAUUUAUUGUUACAUCUUGAUUGAUUUGGUGCUGAUACUGUGCUUACUGUACCUUGGUUAUUUGUGGAAGUGCACUUCUUGUGAGUUAUUUUGAAUUUCGUCUUCAGUGAUCGUUCGAGUGCUAGAUGGGAUUCUGUGAAGCAGAGAAAUGAAUUAUUCUCAAACCA